AAGCUCAGUUAGUGAGUUCAGUCGAUGUGCGAGAGUCCAAUAAUAUUGUGAGAUCCUUUAGUUAAUCAAUUAACGAUGAGACUACUUAUCCCUAUUCUCGCAGUGAUCUGCAUUGUUGGUGUUAAGGGGCAUGAAUUUACAGAAAAGGAGAAGAACCAGAGUGAUAUGGAAAUAGAAUCAUGUGCAUUUGAAAAUGGUAUUCAUCGAACACAAUUAGAAAACCUAAUGAAAACUAAAAGUGUCUCUGGAACUCGGCAACUCGAUUGUUUUUCGGCCUGUGUAUUAAAAAAAAGUGGAUUUAUGAACGACGAUGGGACGUUUAAUGAAAACAAUAAUGUACAAAAAGAGGAAAUUAUAAAGUGUAGACAACUAAAGGGCCCAUCUACUUGUGAAACUGGUGGCAAAGUGUUGCAGUGUUUACUCGACAAUGGUAUAAUACCGUAAUCAAUAGCUUAAUAUAAGAAAACUUAUAUGAUAAGAGUUGUUAAACAACUUAUGAGAACGGCCCUCACAGAUUUAUAAUUGUUAUUACAAAAAUAUCUCA